GAAUUCCUACAGAGAAACAUACUAAUGGCCACUUCCUGGGCACAAGAGGUCAUCACCUGUGACCUCUGUGUCAAGCCUACCCGGCAAUUUUGUAACACCUGUCAAGUAAACCUUUGUGUGGACUGUAUCAGUAAACAUGUGGACCAGCUCAGUUCCCAGUCACACGACAUUGUUCCAUUCAAGAACAGGAAAAUACAGCUGGUGUUUCCAGAAUGUGAAUUUCACCCAAACCAGAGAUGUGAAGUCUAUUGCCAGAAGUGUGAUGUUCCCGUGUGUCUGAAAUGCCUGCUUGGUUCCCAUAAUGGCCAUAAUAUUAAGGAUAUGCCAGAGAAUUUCAAUGAUAAGAAAAAGGAAAUAGAAGAAGAAACCCAGGAAAUCGAAUCCACUUUAAUUCCAAUGUACCAGAAAGAAAAUUUAGAAACAGAAAGUAUACUAUUGAAUUCAAAGGCAGAAUAUGAUGAGCUUGAGAAAGAGGUAGAAAAACAGAGAAAAUUCUGCUUUGACAAAUUUGGUGUAUUAAUCAACUCCAAGAAAGAGACUCACCUGGCUCCUCUUGAAUCUCAUCAGUUAAAUCUCAAUAUUCUUCUUCCAAAAAUGAUUCAAACAGUUGCACAAAACAAAGAAAUUCUAAAAACUAACAGGGUAUCUGAAGUAGCCAACUACAAAUCCAGCCUACAGAAAUACAGAGACAUGUCUGUCCAACCUACACAUAUUGAUAUUAAAGUUCCUUCACUGAAAACAAACAAAACACCAGAGGGAGAACUUAGCACAGAAAUAGAGGAACAUCAGGUUACACUAACACUAACAUCAUUAUCCAGUCUGAAUGCUGAAACAUCCUCCUUGUCUGUUAAAGGGAUGAUGGACAAGGCCAAAGUGGUAGCCACCAUUGCUACUGGUAAAGAAUCUGUGGAGAAAGUGGCAUGUGUGAAUAAAGAUGAAGCUUGGGUGGAUGGCAAUGAUGGGUCUUUAUACUGCAUUAAUAAGGAUGGGUCUGUGAGGGAUCUGUCCUAAUUGUUGAUUCUUUGGGUUUCGGUUUUUCUGCUAGAGACAUUUCAGUGACA